UUCUAGUAAACUGAUUUCUAUAGCUAACCAUGGUUUCUUUCAACUUGGAUCAUCACCGCAAUCCAGAGGUUCUGAUACAAGAUUUUAAUUCAUCUGUGAGGAUAUUGACACUAAACAGGCCUCGACACUUUAAUGCUUUGUCCGGCAAAAUGCUCUCUCAGCUGCUUAGACUGUUCCUUGCCCAUGACCAUGAUGUCAAAGUAAAAGUGGUCAUUCUCAAAAGUAAUGGAGAAGUAUUUUCUGUGGGUGGUGACAUCGUUGAAAUUGCUCGACAUUUAUACAAUGGUGAUUUGAGGCAUGGCCUCAAAACUACUGAAGAGGCCUAUAAAUUACUGUACUUGAUAGCAACAUACAGUAAACCCCAGGUUUCGAUUCUCAAUGGCAUAGCCAUGGGACGGGGAGCUGCUAUUUAUCUACCCUCUAGAUUUCGUAUAGCAACUGAGAAUUCGUUGUUUUCUAUGCCGGAAACAGCUUUGGGAGCGGUUCCUGAAACAGGUGCCUCUUAUUUCCUGUCCAGACUUCCUGGAUUCCUUGGAGAAUAUCUUGCCCUUACUGGUGCCCGAUUGGACGGUCCUGAAAUGCUUGCUUGCGGUCUAGCAACUCAUUUUGUUCCCGCAACCAAGUUGGCUUUGCUAGAACAAGAGUUAAUUGCUUCCAUAGGUGCUUUAACCAAUGAAAGAACCUCAAGCUGUGAUCUUGUAUUUUAUGUUUCAUCCAUUAUACAUAAGUACUCAAUCCAGCCAGCUUUGAAAGAGAGAGGCAGUGCUUGGCACAAUAUGGAUGUUAUUGAAAAGUGCUUUUCAAAGAGAACAGUAGAAGAAGUUGUGAGUGCACUAGAAAAGGAGGCUACAUAUACUGAUGGUCAUGUAAAUGGUGCUAAUCCAUGGUUAACAUCCACAAUUCAAUCACUUAAGAAGGCGUCGCCCAUAAGUUUGAAGAUUUCUUUGAGAUCUAUUAGAGAAGGAAGGUCGCAAGGACUUGGUGAGUGUUUGGUUCGAGAAUAUAGAAUGGUGUAUCGUAUUGCAACGGGGGAAAUCAGCACAGAUUUCAGAGAGGGUUGCACAGCUCUACUGGUCGACAAGGAUAGGAUCCAAAAGUGGGAGCCUUGUAAAUUGGAACUCGUCUCUGACCAGAUGGUUGAUCGGUACUUCUCGAAGUUGGAUGAAGUUGAAGAACUUAAAGAACUACAGCUCCCUGCAAGAUCCAACUUGCCUGCCAUUGCCAAGCUUUGAUGAGCAAGUGAUCUAUAUAUACGUUAUGUUAUUUUCGUAAAGAUGUGCCGUACAUGGCCUCUCUAUUUUAUGUACUUUAAUUCGUUAAUCGUUAACCGUGUUUUAUUUUUAUUUUU